GUCGCCGGACGCACGGAUGUACGCGACAAGCAAGCGCGCGAAAUAGAUAACACCAGCAAAGGCACAGCAGGGUGGAACAAAACACAUAUAACGGGUUUUCAUUUAGCCACAGAAAACGGAAAUACUUCACCUGGUCAACGUACUCGGUCAAAGCUGUCGGGAUGGGUUUGCUCGAGCGCUGCCAGGAGCUCUUCAAGACCUCAAACCUGUACGAGGUGCUGGCCGUCAACAAAGAGGCAACCGAGACUGAGAUCCGGAGGAGUUACUACAAAGUGUCGCUGAAGGUCCACCCGGACCGGGCUCCCGAAGACCCGCAGGCCACCGAGAAAUUCCAGGUGUUGGGGAAGCUGUACGCGGUGCUGAGCGAUCAGCAGCAGAGAGCGGUCUAUGACGAGCAGGGGGCAAUAGAUGAGGAGUCCGAUGUCCUGAGCCAGGACCGCUGCUGGGAAGACCACUGGAGACUGCUCUUCCCCAAGAUUACGGUGCAGGACAUCCUUGAAUUUGAGAAGAAAUAUAAGGGCUCUGAAGAAGAGAGGAAGGACGUGAUCCAGCUGUAUGUGCAGCACGAGGGGAACAUGGACGCCAUCACAGACUCGGCAAUGUGCUGCUCCCAGGACGACGAGCCGAGGCUCCGCGGCAUCAUCCAUGCCGCCAUCCAAGGCGGAGAAGUCACAGAGUUUCCGGCGUUUACGCAGGAGACGGACAAAAAAAAGCGGGCUCGUAGGAAGAGGGCUGAUAGGGAGCGACAGGAAGCAGAAGAAAUGCAGAAAGAGAUGGGGCUCGGUGAUGAGGAUGAAAGUCUUGUCAUGAUGCUCCAGCAAAAACAGAAGUCCAGAGAGAAGAAUUUCACCAGUUUCCUUUCUGACCUGGAGGCAAAAUACUCCAAAAAAAGUGGCGCCAAAAGAGGAAAAAGAGGAAAGAAAUGAGAUGGGUGCAGUCUCUGGUAGCAGAAAAAUGUAAAUAAAUGUUAGCACUUGUUAAAGAGCAUUCGGGCCCUUGUUUGAACAUAAACUGUUUACCUGCUCCCCUCUUCUGUGUUCUCUAUCUGGCAUUACUUGCUUUUCAUGCAACGCUUCUCAAAAUGUAAAUGCCUCUCAUUUCUUGUCUACUUUGUCGGUCUUCAUAAAAUAAAAUCGUAUUUAUUUACUUCAUCA